UUUUCUCCGAUUUCAAAUUCUUCUGAAUCGCCAUGGACGCGUGAUAUGAAAUCUCUCCUUCCUCCUUCAUCGCCUUCGCGAAUUAGCAGCGUGUGAUCCAAGAUUCCGCGACGGUUUUUAGGUUAAUCAGUGAUGAGAAGAAGGAAUCACCGAACGAAAGCUGACGAAACCCUGAAGAAGACCGAUCCACGAAAAAAUGGGUUAAAGUUUACUGAUCCGUCGAUCUCUCGAGCAGAUUCAGAUUUGAAACGCAGGAGAAGGGUGAGUUUCGACGAUGUCGAUCAUCAGAGCUCCUUAAACGAAGCUCAGGUCGGACGAUCUAUUGAUGCCAAGACCUCUGAGUUUGCUUUCUUUAAGAAGUUAAAGUCUGGUUUUGGUCACUCCUCUGAUUCUUCUGACUCUAAUAAAUCAUCAAAUAAAGUCGAGCAAAAUCCGAAAACUUUCGAAUCCAGAGUCAAACCUGGAGAAUAUGCAGCAGAAACAGACCGUGAAGCUAAUGAUAGAUCCAAGAGUUAUAGCUUCUCCACACCCAUUCAUAGUGCUAGACGUGGUUCAUGUGGCUCUGCUAUGGUACCUGUCAAUUUGACUCAAAUGGUUAGAGAAAAAUAUCCGGGGAAAUCUUCUUCAUCAUUCAGUAGAGAUAAGGACUCAGUUCCAAGUGGCAACAACCUGAGAUCUGCAAGUGGAGGAAUCAGUGAUGAGAAAGGAGACAUAUUCUUUAUGAAGAGAAAGAAACUGCAUCAGUGGGUCAAAGAUACAUUGUUUUCUGAAAUCCCUGAGGUUACCUCAAACGGAAACGGGCACGAUUUAGUUUCUGUUCUCUUAACUCGGCUAUUCCCUGAUACGGAGGAGACACAUCCCUCUAGGUUUUCCACAGAGAGGACGGAUAGAGUCAAUAGAAGAACGUUUGUUGAUUCUCCUGGCUCAAAGUUUCUCAAGAGGUCUCAUCAAAGCUAUACAGAAGUUGACUACAGUCUGCAAAUGGAAAGGGACAGAUUGAUCUCUUGGCAGGGAUGGCUGGAAAAAGACAUUAUCCCGAGGCUGCAGUUUUCAACAGGUCAUGUUCAGAGCAGUAUCAGGCCAAGAGAUCCCAAAGAGAUUAGCUUUCCCAUCUUAUAUCCUAAGGAAUCAGUUUAUCGACCUGAAGAGAUUAGCUUUCCCAUCUUAUAUCCUAAGGAAUCAGUUUAUCGACCUGAAGAGAUUAGCUUUCCCAUCCUAUAUCCUAAGGAAUCAGUCUAUAGACCUCCACUGUUGAAACAGAAGGCGUGCCAGUUAUUUCCUGUUGAAGAAAAUUUGGAGCGUUCUCCCAUAUCUAGGCUCCAUUUCAGAAACUGCAAUCCUGUUUCACUGAAUUAUCAUAGGGAAGAUAGUGGAUACAGCUCAGAGGACUUAUCACAUGAACAUAGAGACCCUUCAUCUGCAUUACUUCUCGAGUGGAAUACGGAAACCGCAAGCACCAGAAAGACAGAUGAUUAUCCACUUAGUUAUCACACAAGACUUAUCACGUAUCCAAAUGCAUCCUCAUUACUGACUGAUAAUCCAUGGAGCUCUGAAUAUUCACCAUCCCAUGAUUUGGUUGCAAGGGAGCUGGACCCUUUACCUCUGCUCUCUCAUUACACUUCAGGCAGUUUCUUCUUACCACCAACAAAGAUAACUAGCCAUUUUGAGCAUGAACUCGAGAGGCAUAUUAUUGAUGACGAAGAUGCAGUUGCUGCAAAUCAGAUUCUCCAGACAUCUCACCGAACAGAUAGCUCAGACUCUUUAGCCAGAGACUACACAUACUAUCAUAAUUUUUCAAACUCUCCAGUGGAUCAUUGCCCUUUUAAAGUCCCUGGAUAUGAAAUAGUAUCCUUCCCAUAUUCCAGCGUCAGCAAUUCACAUUUGUUGGAAGCGUCAAGUCCUACACAGAGUGCUCGUUUUAAGUCUCAUGAUUUGAUACCCUUUCAGUUUCAAUCACCUCAAGCUUGGAUUGAUUCAUAGAAUGGCUACGAGCUUAAAGCAGCAACAACCGAGACGAACUAUUCGAACCGAGUUUGGUUGCCAUAGGUCAGCAUCUCUCUGACUUUUGAAGAUUAUUGUGUCAUGUCCUUGUUCUGCAUUCGUUUUAAUGAACACAUUUAAGUCAAAAGACAUAGGAAUUGAUGAUAUCUAGUUCUUGUCCAAACUACAUUACUGAUGAAUUGAUUGAAGGAGAUAUAGAUGAAGGAUAUGAUUCGACAUAGACUGAGGAUAUAUGGUUGAGAUGUUAAAAGAUCGUUUAAAUGAAAGUUAUUCAUGGGGACAUUAGUAAUUGGUCACCAUUCUUGACGAUUUUUCUUCUUUUUGUUUAUGACCUCUGUUUUUUUUUGUUGUUGUUGAUGAAUCUCUCUUUGACCCUUCUCAACUACCAAAGUAGUUGGAACUCAUUUUCUUAAACGAGAUUAAGGUGGGA